AUGAGCCUCGGACCCAGCCUCAAGAUCCCCACGGAGGUCAAGACCUUUGAGACCAAGUACGGCAAGAACAACCUGCCCAAGAAGCUGUUCAUCAACAACGAGUACGUCGAGUCCAAAAACGCCAAGAAGCUCGAGCUCUACAACCCCAAGAACGGCGAGCUUGUGGCCAACGAUGUCUCUCUGGCCGGCGAGGAGGACGUCGAGGCGGCCGUGGCCGCUGCCGAGGCUGCGUUCCCGGCCUGGCGCAAGGUGGCGCCCCGCGAGCGCCGCGACAUGAUGCUCAAGCUCGCGGACCUGCUCGAGGCCAACGGGCUGGCGCUGGCGGAGCUGACGCGGCUGACGCUGGGCGCGCCGUUUGGCGCGUUCGGGUCGUUUGAGAUCAACCUGUGCGCCGAGGCGCUGCGCUACUUUGCGGGCUGGAUCGACAAGUUUGCCGGCGAGACGUACCCGCAGGACGACGGGUUCCUCAAGAUUGUGCGCAACGAGCCGCUGGGCGUGACGGCCGGCAUCAUCCCCUGGAACGGCCCCAUUGGCAACGUCGGCAUGAAGGCCGGCCCCGCCCUGGCCACGGGCAACUGCUUCAUCCUCAAGCCCUCGGAGAAGACGCCGUUUGCGGCGCUCGCCCUCGGCGACAUGAUCCGCGCCGCCGGCUUCCCGCCCGGCGUCUUCCAGAUCCUCACCGGCGACGGCGCGACGGGCGCGCUGCUGGCGUCGCACAUGAAGGUGCGCAAGAUUAGCUUCACGGGCUCGACCGCCACGGGCCGCAAGAUCCAAGAGAUGGCGGCCCGGUCGAACCUCAAGCGCGUGACCCUCGAGCUCGGCGGCAAGAGCCCGGCCGUCGUCUUUGACGACGCCAACCUCGACAACGCCAUCACCUGGUGCGCCAACGGCAUCACCGCCAACACGGGCCAGGUCUGCUUCGCGGCGUCGCGCGUCUACGUCCAGGCGGGCAUCUACGACCAGUUUGUCGCCGGCUACAAGAAGGCCAUGGAGGACAAGAUGCGCGGCGUCGGCGACCCGGACGCCGAGCAGACCAUCAUCGGCCCCCUCGUCGACAAGCUCCAGUUCGACCGCGUCUCGGGCUUUUUGCAGCGCGGCAAGGCCCAGGGCACGCUGCUGGUCGGCGGCAGCGUCCUCGACGGCAAGGGCUACUACGUGCAGCCGACGGUGUUUGAGAACGUCGGCGACGACGCCGAGAUUUUGCGCAGCGAGAUCUUCGGCCCCGUCGCCGUGCUCAACAAGUUCACGACCGAGGAGGAGAUUGUCGCCAAGGCCAACGACACCAACUACGGCCUGAUGGCCGGCGUCUUUACGCAGGACAUCAACCGCGCCAUGCGCCUGUCGGCCGAGAUCGACAGCGGCAUGGUCGGCGUCAACUGCGUGUCCAUGUGCUUCCUGAACGCGCCGUUUGGCGGCACCAAGGAGAGCGGCGUCGGCCGCGAGAACGCCAUCAAUGCCCUGCGCAUGUUCACCGACACCAAGACGGUGUUUGUCAACCUGACUUACUAA